AUGGCGAGCCCGAGCUGGACGCCGCUGUCCUGGCCUCUGAGCUCUGGACCGAACCAGACCAGGCCGGCCCUCACACCCACACCGGCUCACCACCAGCAGGGUGACCAUGAGAGAGGGGGGUGGGACCAUUUCCGGUUGUUUAUCGUGUGCUCUCAGCUGUGCAGUUCAAUCACCUGUCUGUCUCUGUCUCCCUCAUGGCCCAAUAGGAGGAGCAAGUACAGCAAAGCCAAGCAGGACUCAGACGAGGAGAAACACCUCCACCCAGGAGUGAGGAUAUAUGUGGACCCGUUCACCUAUGAGGACCCCAACCAGGCUGUGCGUGAGUUCGCCAAGGAGAUUGAUGCGUCCUGCAUUAAGAUUGAAAAGGUCAUCGGCAUCGGGGAGUUUGGUGAGGUGUGUAGCGGCCGUCUGAAGAUGCCAGGGAAGCGGGAGAUCUGUGUGGCCAUCAAAACACUGAAGGCAGGCUACACGGACAAGCAGAGGCGGGACUUCCUGUCCGAGGCCAGCAUCAUGGGCCAGUUUGACCACCCCAACAUCAUCCGCCUGGAGGGCGUUGUCACCAAAUGUAACCGGGUGAUGAUCAUCACAGAGUACAUGGAGAACGGAUCCCUGGACGCCUUCCUGCGGAAGAACGAUGGGCGCUUCACCGUCAUCCAGCUGGUGGGCAUCCUGCGUGGCAUCGCCUCGGGCAUGAAGUACCUGUCCGAUAUGAGCUACGUGCACCGCGACCUGGCCGCCCGCAACAUCCUGGUCAACAGCAACCUGGUCUGCAAGGUGUCCGACUUCGGCAUGUCCCGCGUGCUGGAGGAGGACCCAGAGGCGGCCUACACCACACGGGAAAUAACGGGAACCUAUCAAUCGCAGGGAGGAAAGAUCCCCAUUCGCUGGACAGCACCAGAGGCCAUCACAUACAGGAAGUUCACUUCGGCGAGCGACGUUUGGAGCUACGGCAUUGUUAUGUGGGAAGUGAUGUCGUAUGGGGAGCGGCCAUAUUGGGACAUGAGUAACCAGGACGUGAUAAAGGCCAUAGAAGAGGGCUACAGGCUGCCGCCACCCAUGGACUGCCCAGUGUCUCUGCACCAGCUCAUGCUGGACUGCUGGCAGAAGGAGCGCGCCGAGAGGCCCAAGUUCAGCCAGAUCGUCAAUAUGCUGGACAAGCUCAUCCGCAACCCCAGUAGCCUGAAGAGGACUGGAGGAGAGACCCACAGGCCCAACACGGCUCUGUUGGAGCCCAGCAGUCCUGAGUUCUCCUCCACGCUGGGCUCAGUGGCCGACUGGCUGGCCGCCAUCAACAUGGAGCGUUACCGCGACAACUUCACCGCCGCCGGCUAUACCACCCCAGAGGCUGUGGUGCACCUGACUCAGGAGGACAUGGCUAGAAUAGGGAUUUCCUCUGCAGCACAUCAAGACAAGAUCCUCACCAGUGCACAAGGAAUGCUGUCCCAAAUGCAACAGAUACAAGACAGAAUGGUUCCCGUUUGAGACCAACAUAAAUGGAUAACAAUUUCAAAACAUAAUUUUUUGGUUUGUUUUUUUAUGUGUUGGUUUUGAACUUUUUUGUUGGAAAUCCAUUUACCUCAUCCAUGCACUUUAAAUUAAAUACAAUUUUGAACAUAAAAAGAAGACGAUGGCAAAUUACGCAGCAGAAGAGACUGGAGGAUGAGAGCUAUUGAGCACUUUUUUUCACACAGCGCCCUCCAUGCCCUUUAGCCAAUGGAAGCUUGAGAUUCACAUUGACAGACUGGAAAAUGACUUCUGGAAGGCUAAACUGCUGUGCCUUCUGCAUUUCAGUGGAUCUUAAAAGGGUGUUUCUCUUCUCGACUUUGUUUGCUUUUUUAAAUGUAUGUAUCAGUGUAUAAAUGUACAAAUAGUCCCUUGGGAUUUUUUUUUCUGCCAUUUUAAGACUUUUGAGCAGAGUCGGUCCACCUGGCAGUUAACAACGGUGGAGAAAAUGGCGGCCUCAGAGAUGUAACGAUUUUCUUUUUUCUCUCUUUUUUGAGAUUUUUUUUUCCUCUCCCUUUUUCUUGGCUCGGCAGUGCUCUCAUGCUGUGGGGAGGCAUUUAUCUGCGGUCGGUUUCUGUGCCGAGUGAAGCGCCUCUCUGGUCUCUCGUCCAGCGCUGGACGUUCUCCAGACCAGCCCACCCCACCCCACCUCCACCUCCAGACACCCAUCUCACCCCCACCCCUUUGAAAUGGAAUAUCUGUCUCCACUCCGCAAUACACCACCGGGUUCCACUUGGCCGACAAUCUGUGUGCACCAGUUGGAUUAGAAAACCUCGCUCCACUUUGCAUCUCUCUCUCUCUCUCUCUCUCUCUCUCUCUCUCUCUCUCUCUCUCUCUCUCUCUCUCUCUCUCUCUCUCUCUCUCUCUCUCUCUCUUUCUCUUUCACCUCCUCCACCUCUCUGUGGCUCCCCCUUGAUCCCUCGCUUUUGUAUUUCUCUCUCUCUCUCUCCCUCGCCCUCUUUUUCUUUUCUCUUUUCCCCUUCUGCUUCCCUCCCUGGAGUCUUCCUUACUGGAGGCUGCUGGCGGGCUGUAAAGUCAACAUGGGCCGCCCCCUGUCCCUGCCCCCCCCCCCCUGUCUCCGUGGAAGCGCAUGGGGGCCAGCUGGCUGAGCUAAGCUGCAGUGCUGUCUCUGUGGACGUCCAGCAUGGCAACAGUUUUGCUCCUGUGCCAUCAUCUGUCCAGUAAUCCGUGUGACCCACCUGGAUACCAACUCCCCCUCACUGUCUGUGACUCUCUCCAACCCCACCAGGACUUACUGCACACCCUGAGAUUCCAGAUUUCUGCCAAGCUAGCCUCCGCACCCUCCCGCCCCCAAUCUACCCCCCCCCCCCCACACACACACACACACACACACACACACCACCGCGUCUUCUCAGCUUUUCCCAGCUGCACGAUGUGUUUGUGUAUGCUCGUGACAGAAUGUCUUCUUAAAAAAUUCUGCCGCAGCCCCAUUGUGAGCUUUCGUCUAUCUGACAGAUGACAGACUGUUUGCAAAAAUAAAAAAAGACACAUUUCAAGGAAGAGAAGAAGAAGGGAAUUAAAGGAGUAGGCAAACUCAAAAGAAGGCACGUAGGACACGUGCAGAGACUAACCCGCCGAUCGCUUGACGCCGCGGCCGCUCGCUGCUUGUGUAAAGC